CGGGGCCGGGCGUCAUGGAGGACAUCAACUCCAACGUGAACGCCGACGCCGAAGUGCGGAAGCUGCAGGAGCUGGUGAAGAAGCUGGAGAAGCAGAACGAGCAGCUCCGCAUUCGCAGCGCCGCCGGAGCUCCCGGGGGCAGCCCCAAGCGCCUGCUCGGCAGCGGCGGCGGCGGAGGGUCGGGGGCUUGCACGCCGCCGCUGCUCCUCACGCCGCCGCCGGCUGCAGCAGCCCAGGGAACCGCCGGCGUGCCCGCCACCCUGCCGUCGCCGCCGCCGUCCCCGGCCUCCAGGAACAGUCAGCUGCUUGCGGGGCUCGAGAGCCGCUGCCUCAGCCCCAAGGCCGGGCCCAGGCGGCCUCCGGCGAGCGAGGAGAACGGCGGCUCAGCGGCGGGGGAGAACGCCGGCGGCCUCCUGGAUGAAGUGGAGCCGCUGAGGCCCGACGAGCUGGAGCGGCUGGCCGGCUGUGAGGAAGACGAGACGGGGUGGUUAUAUACCUCACCAAAGAAAAAAGUGACCCCAGUGCAGAAAUCGGUUAGUCCACUAGUUUGGUGUAGGCAGAUAUUGGAUUACCCAACUCCAGAUAUUGAAAGUGCUAAAAAGUCAUUGAUCCACAGACUUGAACAAACAAUGUCAGCCCUCAAGAGACACAGUCUGUACAGUAAUCCAUUCAGCACUGUCAAUUACGCAAACUCUUAUAGUCCAAACACUGGCAGUCCCUACAACAGUAGCUAUAACUCCCCUUCCUCCACACCAGUGAAACCUCCUUUAGUAAAACAGCUCAUUCUUCCUGGAAACUCAGGUCAUUUCAAAAAUUCAUCAGAUAGAAACCCUCCACUGAGCCCACAGUCCUCUAUAGACAGCGAAUUAAGCGCUUCAGAAAUGGAUGAAGACUCAAUUGGAUCAAAUUACAAGUUAAAUGACUUGACAGAUGUGCAGAUUUUAGCACGGAUGCAAGAGGAAAGUCUCCGGCAAGAAUACGCAGCUACUGCUUCUCGACGUAGUUCUGGUUCUUCGUGCAGUUCUAUGAGGCGAGGUACAUUUAGUGAUCAAGAACUUGAUGCACAGAGCUUAGAGGAUGAUGAAGACAGCUGCCAUCAUGCGGUUCAUCCGGCUGUGAAUAGAUUCUCUCCCUCACCUCGCAACUCACCACGGCCUUCACCAAAGCAGUCUCCGAGGAAUUCCCCCAGGUCUCGUUCGCCUGCUAGAGGAAUUGAGUAUAGCCGAGUGUCACCUCAGCCAAUGAUUAGCCGCUUGCAACAGCCUCGUCUUUCUCUUCAAGGCCAUCCUGCUGAUUUACAGACUAGUAAUGUCAAAAAUGAAGAAAAACUAAGGCGUAGUCUUCCAAACCUGUCCAGGACAUCUAACAUCCAAGUUGAGUCUGUGAAAAACAGUAGAAGUGACUCAAACUUUCAAGUGCCAAAUGGAGGAAUACCUCGUAUUCAACCUCAACCCUCAGCCACUCUGCAAAGGCAGAAAAAUUUGCCCCGUGUUGCCUUCAAAACCAAACAACUACUUCAUACUCCAGCUACCAAAGGAGUACCUUCUCCCAGUAAAUUCCGGUCUCCAGCAGCACCGUCUCCUCUGGCUCUGAGACAGCCAGUAAAGGCAUUUAGUAACCAUGGACCUAGUUCUGCUGCUCCAGAAGCCGCCCAGCUAACACACAGUAGCUCUUCACCAGGGCCUUUAGCCUCUUCCAGUUCAGUCUCUCCAAGCCCAGCCAACAGCAUCAACAGUGCUACGCUCACAAGACCUGCAGGGACGACAGGGAUGAGAAGCGGCUUGCCAAGACCUAGUGCCCCCACCCCUGGGGGCAUACCAGUGCCUCGCAGCAAACUCGCACAGCCUGUACGCAGGACAUUGCCAGCACCCAAAACCUAUAGCAACAUGAAAGACGAGAGCUGGAAGGAUGGCUGCUACUGAACUGAACAUAGCUCAGCAGGUACUCCUUCACCAGGCUAAAUGACAGAUCGAUAUGCAGACUGAUCAGAUAAGACUUUGUGGGGUUUGUAAAUCCCGAGACCUCUCUGUCCUUAAUUAGCACAAACUGGCAGAGAUUAUAAAAACAGCACUUUAAUUACAUUAACAUCAGAUACUUUGUGAUCACUCAAAUCACUUAUACAUUAAUCAUUUUUUCACCUCUGGAGAGCCCAACCCUUCUUGCUUCGUAAAAAUUGUUUCGAAUGCUCACACAGAUAAAAUGGCCAACAUCUGGGCGUAUACCUAACCUAACAAAAUGCCAAAGAAAUGUCCAUCCAGGGGGAAAAAAAGGAGCAUGUAAAAUAGUAAACUAAAACUUUCCAAAACACCACAUGUGAUUUGAUUUGAUUGCAGCAAAAUGCAUCAUUUGAAGAAAUAGUAUGUUACACGUUAACAUAUUAAUCAAAGCAAAAAAAAAAUUGGGAUUGUCAUAUGCUACUGUGCUAGCGAGGUGGUUUAAAACAAUUGCGGACAGUUCAUAUGGAGAAAAUAUAGCCACAAUAGGGCAGUUGCUUCUGGAGUCCUCCUACAAGAGUAAUGGGGAAGCUAUCUUUUGUUUUACCUUUAAAAAAAAAAAAACAGUGUGGAUGCAUUUGAUCUCUCCCUAACCUAGGUGGGAUAUGUUGCAUCCUUUUACACUGAUGUAUUUGCUUCUGUGCUAUUUUAUUUGGAUUGCCAAAAAGGGCUGUGUGUCAGCUGUACAAUCUUUCUAAAUCUUAACAGUUCCUGUCUCAGGAAAGAUGGCCUUUGUUAUCACAGCCACGUUUUUUAAUACAUGGCUCAUUUUGUUUUGAGAAAUCCUUUUUUUUACACAGCAAGUCUCCUUGAAUAAGAAAACUAUCCAUUCAGAAAUCACACCACAGUGCUUGUCACCUGGAACUCAGCCGAACAUGCCUGUAGUUUGGCAUGAAGAAAAGCCAACUAUGCACUUGUAACCUAGAAGCUCUAAGGAAAUAAGUUGUACUGUUGAUAUCAAAUGAUAUAUUCAUGUCGGUAUCGUUACAUGGUAUGAGGGAGUUUUCUGUACCCUUUUAAAAAAUUUAAUUUUAUAAAUUUAUUUUUAAUUGUACAUAUUUCUGCAAAAGUUAUUGCCCUGUUAGUAUUUUUAACUGUGUACUUUGCCUUACACACCUAUAUUUUACAUUGCUGGUAAAUCUGCCACAUGUGCUUACAAAGAUAGUCAGUUCUCCUAGUGGCUUUUCAGACUUACCAAUCCUUGUUACUUGUUUUUGCCCAUCCUUGUUGGAAGGAUGCCCCACACAGCAAAAAAAAAAACCUGCUGCUAAUAUCCAGAGACCCGCCCCUCCUCACUUGGUUUUCCUGCCUUAUGUGAGGAGAUGACAGCUGGCUGGGUGCUUGGCAGUUUCCAAAAGAAAAUACCUCUGAUUUCGAGGAUGAGAGGGCUCUCUUUCUGUAUAAUGGGAAGCAUAGAAGUCACAAAGUACAUAAUGAAACAAGUAGCUAAGGCUGUCUUUUGUGUAUUGACUCCCACUGGUAUGUUUGGUAGGUUGCAUUUAAAUUUCGUCAGUGCCUGCCUCUUAAAAUGGAUUUAAAAUCUCUUCACAAAAGAGGGCACUUGAUAUUGGCAUUUCAAAGCACUCAGAUUUUUAUCUAGUUUCUAUAGAUUAGCGGAUUAAAAGCCAUGCAAUUUUACUUGAAUUGGAAAGUGAGCAAGAUCUCUGAGUGACAGAUUACAGCUCUGAUCCCCUUCUUGAUCAAAGAAGGGCAUCUUCCCAUGUUUGUUAGUUAUAAAAAAAAAAUUCUAGGAUUCAUGCCGCUUUCCAAAGACAGAAUUUGGAAAUGGUUUGCACACAUGUCACCUGCCAAGAAAAAGACUCAGCUGGGAAAGCUGUACUACAUUCUGAUUUUUUGCAUAAAUAAAUCUCAAAGGUCGGUGGAAAUUCUUCCUACACUACAUUUUUAUACGAGGUGAUUUGCAAAAGCAUUCAUGUGAAUCGCAAGCAUAGUGUGAGAACUUAAUUAUAAACAUUUCUUAACACCCCAGUUAAACAAUGAUCUACUGAUAAGGGUUGUCUUCCAAAAUUUACAUAAUCAAUAACACGUAGGAGAACUGAGACAGGGUGAUAAUGGAGACGUGCUAUUAGUCCAGUGCAUCAUAUUUGAAGUGCUGAGCAGAAAACAAUAUGAGGUACCCAGUUACUCUUUAGGCAAAUCCAUCCUGCCUCGUUCUAACCGAUCAGAUGUCACAUUCUUCAGAGAUGAAGAAAUGCUAAUUUGUUGUUUUGUUAGGAAAAUAUUUCACUGAUUUAUUCAGAAAACUCAAAUGUUGCCUUCUUUACCAAGCUACGUGACCAGAUUUUAUAAACUUGAUUUUAUAAAGCUCAGCCAUUGUGAUCAUUUCAAAGGCAUAUUACAUUCUGCAAACAUUCUGCUGCUACAUCAUAAUACACAUUCAACAAAUAAAAAUUCCUGAAAGAAGAAAACUGCCAGUUUAGUAGAAGAGACUUCUCAUUACCAGUUAAUUACUGGGACAUCCUAGGGCUUUCUGUGUUUAGAGGUUUGGGUAUAUUGAAGAAGCGUGGAAACAUGAAUUUGAUAAACUAGUGCCUAUGAUUUGCUUAAUUUAUGUUUGAUGAUAGUAGUAAGGGUUUAUGAAUGUGGAUAAUUUUUUGUGCCAACAGCUGAGAAUUGUUGUAUGUAUGUAGGCAGAAAAAAAAGAGUUCUGCUUCCAAAGUUAUUUAAUUUUUUUCCUCAGUGUUUGAACGUUUUUCUAAAUGUUAAUAAAAGUUAAAAAGGAAAAAUAUAAAUAUUAUUACUGCAACACUCUGACUCCUUUUUUUAAAGAAGAAGAAAAAUAAAAUUUGUAUGCAAAAUGAA